UUGAAUCAUAGUAAACUCUUUUAUUAUUAUUUCUCUAGCCACUCCACAGAUUUUGAGGUUCAUCGUAAUUGGCUUGCAAUCACGCACUCUCUUCCUAUAUCUAAGUGGUAUAUAGAAAUUACCCACCACUUUUUGCAUGGUUCGAGUACUUUUUAUCUUGGCUGGCAGUUAUUUUUGAUCCACAAAUGCUCGUCUAAGCUUUUCCUAAUCUCAAGAAAUUUAGGCUUUUCAAUUAUUCUUUAUCGUCAUUCCGAAGAAAGCUAA